UUCUCUCUCCAAGAUUAUCCCAUUUUCAAUUGAUCUGUGCCGAGAGAGAGAGACUGUGUUGAUUCCCAAGGCCUUAAUUGAUGGAGAAGCCCCAUGCAGUCUGCAUCCCCUACCCAGCUCAAGGCCACAUAAACCCAAUGCUAAAGUUGGCCAAACUCCUGCACUACAGAGGCUUUCAUAUCACUUUCGUCAACUCAGAGUUCAACCACAAACGUCUCCUCAAAUCCCGAGGUCCCAACUCUCUCGACGGCCUUCCCUCCUUCCGAUUCACAACAAUUCCCGACGGCCUUCCUGAGUCCGAUGCCGAAGCCACCCAGGACAUUCCGUCCCUGUGCGAAUCCACGAAAAAACAUUGCUUAACUCCCUUCAGAAACCUUCUUCGGAAACUGAACGACACCUCUUCGUCCAACGUCCCCCCAGUCUCUUGCAUAAUUUCCGACGGUGUCAUGAGUUUCACUCUUGACGCAGCAGCAGAACUGGGCGUCCCUGAGGUAAUUUUCUGGACGACCAGCGCCUGUGGUUUCAUGGGCUACGCUCAAUAUCGCCGUCUCGUGGAGGAAGGUCUAACACCACUCAAAGAUGCGAGUUAUUUAACCAAUGGGUAUUUGGAUAUGGUCAUAGAUUGGAUUCCUGGUAUGAAAGGUAUCCGUUUCAGGGAUCUUCCAAGCUUCAUUAGAACCACGGAUCCUGAUGAAUAUAUGUUAAGUUUUCCAAUGGUCGAAGCCGAGAGAGCUCGAAAGGCGUCUGCUCUUAUCUUUAAUACGUUUGAGGCCUUAGAGCAAGAAGUUUUGGACUCACUUUCAUCCAUGUUUCCCCCCAUUUACACCGUCGGUCCCCUACAACUUCUCGUAAACCAGAUCCCGGAUGGUGAAUAUAAAUCAAUAGGAUCAAACCUAUGGAAAGAAGAAUAUUCGUGUCUGGAAUGGCUGGACAAAAAAGAACCCAACUCCGUUGUUUACGUCAAUUUUGGAAGCAUAACGGUCAUGACAAGCAAGCAAUUAAUUGAUUUUGCUUGGGGACUUGCAAAUAGUAAUCAAACAUUCCUGUGGAUUAUAAGGCCUGAUCUCGUGGAGGGUGAUUUGUCCAUUCUUCCACCUGAGUUCUUGGCACAGACCAAAGAAAGGAGUCUUUUAGCAAGUUGGUGUCCUCAAGAACAAGUUCUCAGCCAUCCGUCGGUUGGAGGAUUUCUGACUCACAGCGGAUGGAAUUCCACGAUGGAAAGCUUGAGCAGCGGAGUGCCAAUGAUCUGUUGGCCGUUCUUUGCUGAGCAACAAACCAAUUGUAGGUUCUCUUGCAAUGAAUGGGGGGUGGGCAUGGAGAUUGAGGGAGAUGCAAGCAGAGAGAAAAUAGAGAGCCUUGUGAGAGAGCUGAUGCUGGGAGAAAAGGGGAGAGAGUUGAGAAAGAAAGCUGAAGAAUGGAAGAGGUUGGCGGAGGAGGCCGCCACAAGUAAACCGAUUGGCUCAUCUUACGCGAAGUUAGAUAAAAUGAUUAAUCAAGUGCUAAUUCGUUCUGCAAGAGAGUAGACUUUGUAUCCUCUAUAUAUGUAUCCGAUCUGAUGUAUUGUCUGAAGUUUUUUUCUCAAUGAAUGUUGGUUUUAUUUAUAUAUAAAAAAAAAAUAGAAUUUUA